UCCACUGCUCGUCCUGCGCGGUGUUUACGGGCCGCCGCUGCGCUUUUCGGUCGGUCUGCUCGGUGUGACGGUAGCCGGUGCUGUGAGCUCCGUGUCGGUGAUGUACCGCUCUCUGUUCUCCUUCAGCUCUGCGGAGCGGAACGCGCUGCAUUUCCCCGCCGGAGAGGCGUUCCUGAUCCUGGAGCGCAGCAGCGCGCACUGGUGGCUGGCGACCCGCUGCAGCUCCGGGGAGACCGGCUACAUCCCGGCGGCCUACCUGCAGAAGAUACCGGCCCCGGAGCAGGACGAGGUGCUGCAGUCUAUUGAUCUCGCCAUUGAAGCAAUCCACAACGUAGCGAUGACCAACGGAGGAAAAUACAACCUGGAGCAGCGAGACGUGCUGCAGAAGCUGAUCCACCACAGGAAGGAGACGCUGUCCCGCAGAAGCCCCACCCCCUCCGGCGUCAAGUCUAAGAUCCCGUCAUCCUCCAGUGAGGCGUCGCUGAGCCAGACCCCCCCGCCCAAUGGUCUAAACCGGACCCCCCCACCCAUUGGUCUGAGCCGUGCCCAGAGCUGCCAGGGCAGUGAGCCGAUGUCAGAGCACACCGCUAGUGUUCCCGGACUCUACCAGGUUCCUCCUCAUCCUCGUAGAGCAGCACCUGAAACUCCACCUGCACUGAAUAAACAACGCAACGAUCCUGCAGUGCCGUUGCGAGUUUCCUCCACAAGCCCCACCCCCAGCUCUGUAGCUCCUCCUGGACCUUCUCUGUCUAUAAGCUCCGCCUCUUUAGACUCUGGCUCCUCCCACUCAGGCGUUUCCUCAGAUGUCAGUCUUCCUAGUGUCAGCAGCACUCCGCCCCCUGUGCCAAAACGUGGCAAGGCCCCGCCCCCUCCUCCACCUGACCGAUCCCCUCAGGAAGAGCCUGUUAAAAAGAGCCCGGCACCUCAGCCAAUCAGCUCACAGGCUCCACCUCCUCCCCCAGACCUGUCUAUAAAGACUCCGGAGCCUCAGCCAAUCAGCUCACAGGCUCCGCCUCCUCCUACAGACCUUUCUAAAGAGAGCCCGGCGCCUCAGCCAAUGGGUGUGCAGCCUGCUGCUGAGCCCCACCCAGAGUCGGAGUGGCCUUUGGCCCCGCCCCCUGUGUCACUCAGCCCUCCGGCAGGCUCCACCCAGUGUGCGUUGCCGCUGACGAUCGGGGCGGAGCUGACAGAGCUGGUGCGGCGGAACACGGGUCUGAGCUGCGAGCUGUCGCGGGUGGCGGUGGGCGUGGUGGUGGGCCGUCUGCAGGGGGCGCUGCCCGGGGCGCAGGUGCAGCUGGAGCAGGUGCUGCAGUCGCUCGCUCUCAGCACGGAUCUGCCGCUCGGACAGGUGUGCCACGACCAGCAGCGGCUGCAGGUGAUCUUCGGGGAUCUGGCGCGGCACCGUGAGGACUCUCAGCAGCGCAGCUGGGCACUCCACGAAGACCACGCCCUCAUCGCCUGCUACCUGGAGGAGCUGCUGCAGAUACUGACUGACGCGGAUGCGGAGGUGUGUAGGAAGAUGUGCCGCGUCAAUGAGUUCGAGCCGGUUCUGUCGCUGGUGUCGUACUACCAGAUGGAGCACCGUGUGUCUCUGCGGCUGUGGCUGCUGAAGGUGUUCGGGGCGAUGUGUGGGCUGGACGCGGCGCUGAUCUCCACACUGCUGAACUCCGUCCUCACCAUGGAGCUGGCCCGAGACCUGCAGACCGACACUGAGGAGCAUGAGAAGAUGUGCUACAGUGCGCUGCUGAUGGCGAUGGUGUUCUCAACGGGGGAGCAGAUCCCGCUGCACCACUACGAGCACCUGAACGCUGGUUUCCUGCAGUUCCUGCUGGAUGUGAUUGAGGACGGUUUGCCCACAGACAGCACUGAGCAGCUGCCGGACCUCUUCAUCAACCUGCUGCUGGCCUUCAACCUGCACCUCAGCGUGCCAGACAGUAAUAUGGUGAUGCAGACGCUGAUGAAGAGAGACAACGCCAAGAUCCUGAGUGAGAAACUACUGCUGCUGCUGAACAGAGGAGAGGACCCGGUGUGUGUGUUCAGUCAUGCUCCUGCAGCUCCUCAUGCGGUGGUCAAGUUCCUCCAGGAUGUGUUCUUCAGUGCCGACUCCGCUCAGAUCUUCUACCGCAGCGACCUGAUGGUUCUGAUCGACAUCACAGUGCGGCAGAUCUCAGACCUGGAGCCCGGAGACCGCAUGCGUGCGCAGUAUCUCUCCCUCAUGCUCUCCGUCAUGCGCUGCUCUGAGUACCGGGAGCACCGGCACCGGCUGGCGGACCUGCGGGCGGCGCUGCAGAGGAUUCUGGGAGAGGAGGAGAGCGGCGCGGCGGAGCGGAGCAUCGUGCUGCAGAUCUAUGAGGAGUUCCCAGACACCUGCAGCUCCUGAGCAGCCGCUAGUGCUAAACACACACACACACACACCCACUGACUCCUGUCCAGUGUUAGCCUGACGUUAGCAUAGCGUGCUAGUCCCCCAACACCUCAUGUUUCUGAUCGUCCAGUUAACCGUCACCGCUUGUUAUUGACCCUGAUGAGUUUACAGUGUUACUCUACUGAUCUGUUUAACUCACACACACGUCUCCACACACACCUGAGAGUGUGUGCAUGUGCAUAUCAGUGCUAAAGGAUCUAUUUUUGCUCUUUUGUUGACACAUAAUCUAUUUUGGUAAUGUGGAGAGACUAAUAAAGGCUGUGCUGA